AUGGAGGUAAACCAAAAAGUCCCAUUUCAUGUAAUGUCUUAAGUGUUGGAUGAAAUUUAAAGACGUAUUAUUGAACAAUAGUACUUAAAAUGCAUCAUAUGGAGCUUAGUUGAAGGUGGCAACAAAAUACGUGAUUUAACUAAGGGAAAAGAACUGGGAAACCAUGCUUGUUAUUCCAUCGUGCUAAACCGUGCAUUUUAUUCACGAUGAAACUGAAAUGGUUUUCAGUGAGGUUGAAAACGAAGAUCACCUGUACAGGCUGCGUGUGAUGAAUCAUGACUACCAUGGAUUCUGUUCUGGACUGCAGUCUUAACCAUUGGCACAAAUCCAUAUCUUGACGUAAGUGACUGGUUCAUUUAAGUCUCCAUUAUCUUUCUAUCUGUUCAUAAAAUUUCUUGUGAAUUUCAGAAAUGACUUAUAUUCCUUAAGUACUAUAUAUGCCAUAGUGAUAUUUUAUGAUUUAGAAUUUAAAUUGUUACCUAAAAGCCUUUUGAUUUUCCAAUUCAAGCAAUGGUGAAUCUUAAAACUAAAUGGGUUUUUAAAUUUUGUUCUUUUCUAUUUUGCUUGAGAUUGUAAUCAAUAGCUAUAAACACUAUUGUAGGAAGUAGAACAGGGUAAACACAGGAAGCAUAAAACCGAAACUGUUUGAAAUCGUGUGCUAAAAGAGGAAAAAUAGUAAUUGCGUAGUUAUCCGUGGUAUAUGCGUGGACCUGUCUCCUCGUGUGAACUUUAACAUCAUCACUGAGUCAUAUCUACAAUUCCAUAGUUAUUUGGCUAUGGAAUUUGAACAUUUGACUGUAAGGGGGUGAAUCACAAAUGUGCUACGUAUUGUGAAACCUAAACUUAAACAGUAAAGAUUUUGAGCGGCAUUGGUAGUUUUUUCGUCAUCGUUUGAGUUGCUUCAGUUUAUGAGUCACCUGUUAUCUAUUUCCAAUAUUUAGAUUGUAUGCUUACAACUCACCUCUAGAUAACAGUUGAGCCUUGUAUAUAUAAGCGUAAUGUACGGAGCCUUCCCUCAUCGACAGGAACGCAUUCAAUUGAUACGGGCUCAUUAGCUUAUCUGGUCGAAAUCGUUGUAUUGUUUUCCUCCCUUAGCACCUUGCUACGUGAUACCUUUUCACAAAUCAAAUUGUUGCUGUUCAAUUUCGUCGUUAUUUUAAUCAAUUUAAACCAUGGAAAAAAUUCUAGCAGCAGCCGACGCAUUUGUGGGUCUUUUGGCAUUUAGCUUGCAGGUAUCAGCGUUGGCGAUUUAUUCCAAUUGGAUUCCAGAUGAUAUCGCUUCAGGCAUUUGGGGAGGAAUCUACCUUGUCGCCUUUGCAGCUCUAUUGGCCAGCAAAACAUUGAAAUCAAGCCAAAUUGUCAUGGGCAUGGCGGUAUUCGCUUCUUUAAUUGGUGCCACGGUAAUAGGAUUGUACUCUUGGAGUAUUGAUGGCUACCAGGGUUUGAUUGCCGACUGUGAAUUGUAUUCUAGCAAUUCAACGUUGACCAAUUCUACAACAGGAGAAAUGUAUCCCGACAUUUUCAGUCCUCUCAAAAUAUCCUCAGACACACUAGGCAUAAAAUUACUCGAUAAUUUUAUUACAAGGCCAGCCUGA